AUGCAAGCCAGGAAGAAUGAGUACGACGUCAUAGGACUAACCGAGAUGAGACGAUGGCACCAUCUCAACGCCGUAUAUGAAACUGGAGAAGAACUGUUCUUAAGAACAUGCGACAGUAGAGGUGUUGGUGAAGUUGGUGUCCUCGUCAACACGAGUAUGGCAAUGAACAUCGACUCUUUCGAAAAACUAACGAACCGAAUCGGUAAGGACGAAUAA